CCGCCGCAGGCCGAGGGCCAGUCACCCGCGGGCCUGCGCCCCGGCCGGCCCUUCCGCGCCCCGCCCCUGGCCCGCCGCGGGACGAGUAACGGUUACGAAGCACUUUCUCCGGGUCGGUUUCUGCUUAGUCAUUGUCUUCCAGGAAACAGCUCCCUCAACCCGGGCGGCCGCAGAAACCGCAGCGGCCGCCCGCCGGUCCGCCCGUCCGUCCGUCCGUCCGUCCGCCCGCGCCGGCGCCGCCCCUCCGGGACCGCCUCCCCGUCGCCGCUCCGGCCUCCUCGGGCCCGAGCGCACACCGGGCUGUGGCCGCGCGGAGCCCGGCAGCCUCGCGCUCGCCUCUCGGGCCUGGGGACACCGCGCCCGGCGGAGGCAGCCGUCUUCCCGCCCGCCCGCCCGCCCCUCCGCGGCCCCGUCGCUCCCCGGUCCCCCCAGUCAAGGCGGCAGCUGCCAUGGGCACCGACAGCCGCGCGGCCGGGGCGCUCCUGGCGCGGGCCAGCACCCUGCACCUGCAGACGGGGAACCUGCUCAACUGGGGCCGCCUGCGGAAAAAGUGUCCGUCCACGCACAGCGAGGAGCUUCGAGACUGUAUCCAAAAGACCUUGAAUGAGUGGAGUUCCCAAAUUAGCCCCGAUUUGAUCAGGGAAUUUCCAGAUGUCUUGGAAUGCACUGUGUCCCACGCACUUGAGAAGAUAAACCCUGAUGAAAGAGAAGAAAUGAAAGUGUCUGCAAAACUGUUCAUUGUAGGAUCGAAUUCUUCGUCAUCAACUAGAAGUGCAGUUGACAUGGCGUGCUCCGUCCUUGGAGUCGCACAGCUGGACUCUGUGAUCAUCGCCUCACCUCCCAUUGAAGACGGAGUCAAUCUUUCCUUGGAGCAUCUGCAGCCCUACUGGGAGGAACUAGAAAACUUAGUUCAGAGCAAGAAAAUUGUUGCUAUAGGCACCUCUGAUCUCGACAAGACACAGCUGGAGCAGCUGUACCAGUGGGCACAGGUAAAACCAAAUAGUAAUCAAGUUAAUCUUGCCUCCUGCUGUGUGAUGCCACCAGAUUUGACUGCAUUUGCUAAAAAAUUUGACAUACAGCUACUGACUCAUAAUGACCCAAAAGAACUGCUUUCUGAGGCAAGUUUCCAAGAAGCUCUUCAGGAAAGCAUCCCUGACAUUGAAGCCCAGGAGUGGGUGCCGCUGUGGCUGCUGAGAUACUCAGUCAUUGUGAAAAGCAGAGGAAUCAUCAAGUCAAAAGGCUACAUCUUGCAAGCCAAAAGAAGGGGUUCUUAACUACAACUCAAGCUCAUAACUUACUGACCUGUAUUUAUCUCAAACGUAAGAUAAAAAAAUUCAUAAGAUAAAAUUGAGAUGUGUAAAAAAUCUAGCUAUUGCCUAUAAGAAGUGUCGUUGAGGCAAUGUGUUGUCAAGUUUUGAAUACUUCUCUUGCCUCUUCAUCAGCACACUCGCAGGAACCACUGUAUUGUUUUCAUUAAACUAUUGUUUUCUAACUGAAAUUGUCUAUAAAGAAAAAUACUUGCAAUAUAUUUCCUUUAUUUUUAUGAGUAAUAGAAAUCAAGAAAAUUUGUUUUUAGAUAUAUUUUGGCUUAGGCAUCAGGGUGAUAUAUAUACAUAUUUUUUAUUUCCAAGAUUUAUUAAUUGCUUCUUACUCUAUACUUCUAUACUCUAUAACUAAGCAAUUAAAUUACAGUUGUUAAAAUAGAUACUGGAAGAUAUUUUUUUCCUGUCAUUGGCAAAAUAAUCUAUCUCAGAGUAACUACAGCAGCUGGGCUCUACUAGUAAUGUAAAUAAAAUUCAUUCUUUGAUCCACGAAUGGAAACUUAAUCUUGUGUCUUCUUACAGCUUAACUAUGAUCUGACCAUGUGCUCUGUGUCAUGUUUCUUCCACCUGUUAUUUACAAAGACAAGCCCAAGUGAAUCUGAAAAGGAGACUUGAUGCUUUACCAUUAUUGUUUGGGAGUUUGAGAAAAGCAACUACUGUCCUCUUCAGUCUCUGGAAUUCUUAACACAUCCUCAGUGUGUUACUGCUCACUCAGGAGUAUUCACUAGCUCCGUUGCACUCACACCAUGUGCUCGGCACUGUGAGCUCUGGAGAGACAGCUUAAGAGUCAGCUAAGUAAGAUGUGAUAGCUGUACCUAUUCAUUACUGACAAGGAGCGAGUAAAGCCAAGUCUGAGGGGAACCAUUCAGUUUAAUUUCAUACUAGUUUAAAAACUGAACAUUUGCAAACAUGCCGUGAUGCUACCUGCAGCACACUAAAGGGUCUUAGGCUGUAAACUUGUGCCUGUUACCCACUCUGUCUCUCUUUAAUGGAGAUCUUAUAUGUCAGUAUUCUUUAACAUAGGCCUUGAAAAACUAAUUUUGCUCAGAAAUUUUCAACUUAGAACUAUAGUCUAUGUUAAGUCAACACAGUAGACCUUUUUUCUAAGUAAGGCUUUGUGGUUACUGAUUGGAUGGUUUUCUCAAUUAGAAUUAUGUGAAACCAACUGAUUUGCCUGCUAAAACUUGUGUAGAAUUUAAACUGAAAGCCUAUAUUUACAUUGAUUGUAUAUAAUGCUAAAUAUAUAGGUAACUUUUAAAUUUGGAAAUUCGAUAUUGCAUAAAUCUUUAAAUAUGUUUUAUUUUAAAUCUGUGCAGUGAGCUGGCCAAGCUACUCUGAGGGAAACUUUGGUAUCACCUUUAUGGUUUUUUAAAACCUGGUUUUUUGAAGGGUUACUUUGACAAUGUGAGAAAACAAAAACCAAACCUUUCUUUGCUUAUGUAUCCAGAUCUCAGCUAGAGCUUGUGAUCAUCUUCCACUCUCACCGGGGAGGAAGGACAGUUAUGGAUUCAGUUUGUGAAGGGAUCAUGUACAGAAAAGAAAAAUUUCAUGUAUGGAAUUUUUAAGUGAUUCUGUUGUUCUUUGGUACCAGGCUUUUUCUUUGGGGCCACCUAUCAGCUCCCAAAUCAUGACACAGAGACUUAUUAGUUUUGAAUGUUUGGCCUAGCUUAGGCAUGUUUCUGGCUAGCUCUCUUAAAUUAACCUGUCUCUUUUUAUCCACCUUUCACCUCGGGGCUCAUCACCUUUCUUCCUUCUGUGUAUCUUACUCUCACUGCUUCUCCAUGGCUGGCUGGCGGCUGCCUGGCUUCUGACCCCUGGUGUGCCCCCCAUUCUUCCUUUCAAGCCUAGAUUCCUUCUAUUUAGUCUCUCUGCCUGCCAGCCCCACCUAUCCCUCUCCUGCCUAGCUAUUGGCCAUUCAGCUCUUUAUUAGACCAAUCAGGUGCCUUAGGCAGGCCAGGUGAAACAGAUGCAGCACAUCUUUACAUCAUUAAACAAAUGGCAACAUAAACAAAAGUAACACACCUUUACAUAGUUAAAGUAAUAUUCCUCAGCAUAAUGUAACACAUCUUUGCCCAGUUAAAAUAUUCUUUUACUCCAAAUCCUUAAGUUAUUGGAUAACCUUUUAAAAUGAGUCUUUUGGGGGCUGAAAAGAUGGCUUAGUGGCUAAGAGCAUUUGCUGCACUUGCAGAGGAUCCAGAUUCAGGCCCCAGCACCAACAUGGUAGUGUCCAACCAUCUGUAACUCAGUUUCAGGGGAUCCAAUGUCCUCUUCUGACCUGGAGGCACCAGUCAUACACAUGGUAUAUACACACAGAUCUUUCAAAAAUACUACCCAAGUAACUGCUUAAAAUGAAAAGCUAAGUUAUCAGUAGUGUGUGUGACAGAUAUAUUUUAAUUCAGUGACCCAAGGUAGAAAUACUUUGUGUAUAAUUUCUUUCCAAGUAAACAUUUUUUAAAAGGUUUUUAGCUUACUAUGUUUUCAAAAUCGACAGGUGCCUUACUCAGCAGCAUUCUGUUACUUGGGAUUUAUCCUAUGAGUUUACCUUGAAUUUCCAUCCAAGAGACUAUAGACACCAGAAGGACCAAGGUCUCUAAUAAGCUAGAUUCAUAUGCUGUAUAUUCUAAAGACUUUUUUUGUUUUUUUGAGACAGGAUCUCUGUAGUGCUGGAGCUUGUAAUAUAGGCCAGGUUGGCCUCAAACUCAGAGAUUUGCCUGCCUCUGCCUCUCCCGAGUGCUGGGACUAAAGGCAUGUGCCACCAUGCCCUGCCCCUGAAGACCAUACUGAUGCCAGAACACUAAUACAGUAUCCAUUUAAGGAUGACUAGUGAUAGAACAUGAGUCACAAAUAUCUAAUAGAGUUUCAGUUCAGAAAAAUGGUCAUCUGGACAUGUAUGUGAACCGUAUGCUUUCAUUUGGUUGUGUCAAUGGUGGGAACAUCUAGGACCUAAAGCAUCACAUUACUUUUAACUAUCUGAAUUUAAACAGUAUGAUUUGAAAAUAAAUGACUUAAGAAUCUAUAAAGGUAAAACAAAACUGACGUUAUUCUGUAUUGCACAGGCAGUUCCGGUUUUCUGUGAAAAUCAGAAAGCUAUUUUGUCUAUUUUGCAUGAAUAGUUCGGAUUUUCUAUAUCGGGGCUAAGCAGUAACCAAAAUUAGGAUCUUGCUUUUCAGGGACAAAAGUUGUAAAGCUCAUCUUAAUUAUAUGUCUUUCUCUAAGUGUUUCCUCCUAGGCUAUCCACCAAGUACUUUGAUCUUUGAAAUGUAAGCAACCAGUCACUGGUGUAUACCGGCUGGCAGUUCAUCCUUCUGCCAAAUGUUUGGAUAGAGAAUUGUGAAGUUUUUCGAAGAAUUUAAAUCACUUGUACAAUCUGUGUUCUUAUACUCAAAUACACCAGCUUUGAUUCUAAACCUAUUUUUCCAACACUAAUUUCCAAUGUUCCAAAGUUAAUUACCUCUCUCUUCAUCAUAAGACUGAAGGAAUAUGUCAGAGUUUGAUUUUUCAAAAAUAUGUAACAAUAUUUUAUAGUUUUCAGAUUGGGGGAAACAGAAAAUGGAAAUAAUGAAUUAUUAUGUGUCUGUAGUAGUGUACUAAAGCAAAAUAUAAGGCAUUGUUAAAGAUAAUUUUUAUUUUGCUUAUAUUACUUAAAAUGUGAGUUGUAUGUUUUUUAUUUGAGUUGUGUGAAAAAUGGGAACAUCUUACAGCAUCACAUUGAUUUUGAAUCAUUUGAAUUCAACAAUAUGAUUUGAAAAUAAAUUGUGAGUUACUUGAAAAAUAUCUAACCCAUAAAGCUAUUCAUUCACUCAGCA